AAAGGAAAGGCUACGCAAUAUAAGCAAAUUAUAUAUUUCAUCUCUCUCUCUCUCUCUCUCUGAUACAUGGGAGAGAAAAGUCAAUCAUCUAUGAACAAAUCUACGCAAGAUUGCAGAUUGAUACAACUUUAAAUUCAUAGAUUCCAAGGUUUAUAGAUUUGUAUCUGGUGUUUAAACCCCUAAUCUCUCGCGCAUUUGUUCAAUGAAAUCAACCCAAUGCAUUGGUGUUGGGCAAAUAGAUUGAAUUAUUCGAUUAGUAAUAGGAAGGAGCGCGAAUCUAGAUUUUGCCAUUUGUGUGGAUCUGAUUAUGAUGAGAACGUUACCCGGACGAUUAAUUUAUACGUUAGAGAGGAUCAAUUGGAGGGGGUUCGGCGUCGGUGGUGCUAGGGUUUUUAUGUUUGAGAAGAAAUUAGGGGAUCAUUAUGCAGCUACACUUCUCACAUAGCAUGAGAAGUAUAACGAUAUCGAGCAACAAUGGGUUUACUGACUUGAUGAAGAUCAAAGUCGCAGCUCGCCAUAUUUCUUACCGUACUAUUUUUCAUACUAUUCUUAUCCUGGCUUUCUUAUUGCCAUUUGUUUUCAUCCUCACUGCUCUUGUUACCUUGGAAGGAGUCAACAAGUGCUCAUCAAUCGAUUGUUUAGGUAGGCGUUUAGGACCAAAGCUUCUGGGAAGGGGUGAUGAUUCAGAGAGGUUUCUUAGGGACUUCUCCAUGGUCCUUGAACAAGUGAAUUCUGAAGAAGUCCCAGAUGAUCUACAGCUUCCAGAAAACUUUGAACAACUUAUUUCCGAAAUGAAAAGCAACAAAUACAAAGCCAAGGAAUUUGGGCUUAUAUUGAAAGGAAUGAUGGAAAGAUCUGAAAGGGAGAUAAGAGAAUCAAAAUUUCAAGAACUAAUGAACAAACACUUUGCAGCAACAUCAAUCCCAAAAGGAAUCCAUUGCCUCUCACUACGCCUCACAGAUGAAUACUCUUCAAAUGCACAUGCAAGAAAACAACUCCCAUCACCCGAAUUACUCCCAAUUCUUUCAGACAACUCCUAUCACCACUUCAUAGUCUCUACAGACAACAUUCUUGCAGCUUCAGUUGUAGUCACUUCAGCCAUUCAGUCAUCUCUAAGGCCUGAAAAAAUCGUCUUCCAUGUCAUCACUGAUAAAAAAACGUAUGCAGGAAUGCAUUCAUGGUUUGCUUUGAAUCCAGUGUCACCUAGUAUUGUUGAAGUGAAAGGGAUUCAUCAUUUUGACUGGUUGACUAGAGAUAAUGUUCCUGUUCUUGAAGCCAUGGAGAAUCAUAAUGGAGUUAGGAAUUAUUAUCAUGGGAAUCAUGUUGCAGGUGCUAAUGUUAAUGUUAGUGUUACUUCACCAAGAGUUUUUGCAUCCAAAUUGCAAGCUAGAAGCCCUAAAUAUAUAUCAUUGCUCAAUCAUAUUCGCAUAUAUUUGCCAGAGCUUUUCCCAAAUCUUGAUAAGGUGGUUUUCUUGGAUGAUGAUAUUGUAAUACAACGUGAUUUAUUGCCACUUUGGGACAUUGACCUUGGUGGAAAAGUCAACGGGGCAGUUGAAACUUGUAAAGGUGAAGAUUCAUGGGUGAUGGGUAAGCGAUUCAAAAUCUACUUCAACUUUUCUCAUCCGCUUGUAGCUAAAAAUUUGGACCCUGAGGAAUGUGCUUGGGCUUUUGGGAUGAACAUCUUUGACUUGCGUGCAUGGAGAAAGACUGAUAUCAGAGAAACAUAUCACUCGUGGCUAAAAGAGAAUCUAAAUUCAAAUCUGUCACUAUGGAAACUUGGAACCCUACCACCAGCCCUAAUUGCAUUUAGAGGUCAAAUCCACCCGAUUGACCCAUCAUGGCACAUGUUGGGUUUGGGCUACCAAAAGAACACAAGCAUCCAAAGUGUAAAAAAAGCAGCUGUAAUCCACUACAAUGGUCAGUCAAAACCAUGGCUAGAAAUCGGGUUUGACCAUCUUCGCCCUUUUUGGUCAAAAUACGUUAAUUACUCCAAUGAUUUUGUCAAAAACUGCCACAUCAUGGAGUAGCUAUGGCCCACAUCAAAGUAAAAAACAAAGAAUUUUGUCAACACAAUGCAAUGCUGCUCAAAGGGCUGGACCCCAAACCCUAAACCCUAAACCCUAAACCCUGGACCUUAAUUUAUUCUGAUAAUAUAUAUUGAGCAUUGCGUAUACGUUAAAUCAAUAGGAUGAUGAAAUAAUAGAAAUUAAGUAUUGGGCCGAGAUUGAUGGAGAAGAUGCGUAUUUAAAACUUUGGCUCGAUUAGCUUCAGAAAAAAAAGAUAUGAUUCUUUGUUACCAUAUAAGUUUAUUUUUAUAUAAUUGUGUCAAAUUUUAGGGAUGUAGAGGGUGGGUUCGAAUUUGUUUGUUUACAGGAGGGGGAACAUUAUUUUUAGGUUAUAUCUGUCGGUAUUGGUGAUAUGUACGAUUCAUGAGAAACAUUUUAAAAUGUGCAGUAAAUUCUUUUUGGUA